AUUAAAUAUUUUUUUGGCAAAACCGGAAGUCACAAGUUGUCACAUGAACUGUCAACAGAAGAAGGCAGAGAUGAAUUCUGAAGUUCUACGCAUAUUUGCGUAGUAGUUGAUCAUAAAAAUGGGAAACAAAAUAACUACAUUUACAGAAGAUCAGUUGGACGCUUAUCAGGAUUGUACUUUCUUCACAAGAAAAGAGAUUCUAAGGAUCUUCAGGCGUUUCCAGGCUCUGUACCCGGAGCAUGUGCCUCUUGACAUGAAACGAGGACAGACUUCAUCUGUCAAGAUUCCUCUACAUGAACUGGAAAAAAUGCCAGAACUGAAGGAAAAUCCUUUCAGACAGCGACUAUGUCAGGUGUUUUCUGAGGACGGGACUGGAGAUAUGUCUUUUGAUGAUUUCCUCGAUAUGUUUUCCGUGCUGUCUGAGGGUGCACCAAGGGACAUCAAAACUGUGUACGCCUUCAAGAUGUAUGACUUUGAUGAUGACCACUUUAUUGACCGUAACGACCUAGAGAAAACUUUGGUGUGCCUUACAAAAGAAGAGUUGUCUCAAGAAGAAAAAAGCUUUGUUGUGGACAAGGUAUUGGAAGAAACAGACCUGGAUGAUGAUGGCAUGUUAUCUUACAUAGAAUUUGAGCAAGUCAUAUCUCGUUCACCAGAUUUUCUCAAUACAUUCCACAUCAGAAUAUGAGAACGGACCGAUGUUAAUACUGCUUUUUACAGAUCUUACACAUAUCAGGACAUGGUGUAUAUUUUUUAGGAAUGAAUACACUUAUUGCAACUUGCCUUCAAUUUAAUUAUUUGUCUAGUCAUGAAUGAUUAAAAGUUCCGUCGGGAA